AUGCUCGGCUGGGUAACCCGCUGCUUACCAGGCUUUAGCAUCCUCGCUUUAGCCCUCUUGCUACUAUGCGCCUUCUCUGACAUCUUCAAGUCCUCGCUCUGGAAGUCUUUCUUUCCUCCGCCGGCACAGGACAGCAAGCCCUAUCCGGAUGGCUUCUGGACAGGGCUCAACAUAGCCCAGUGCGUCUUCGUGAUCUAUGCGGUUCUAAUCCAUUGCCACAUGUUUGGUUUUACCCUGCGCCUUGGCUGGGCCAUCUUCCGUGCCACCAGUAACGCCAAGGCAGUCUUCAAGCGACGCCUCGAGCAGUCUCCGUCGCAGCCCCACCGUGAUAACGGCGAGGCCUUGGUCGAGAAGCCACUAUCCCCAGCCUUGACGCUUUCGCCCGACUUAUCACCCUCCAAGAAAGUCGACGUGGCCAUCGUUGAUGAGCUGGUCGAGGAUGAACUCAUCCAUGCUAUCAUUCUACCUAAUUAUUGUGAGGAAUUACACACUCUAGAAACCACGUUGAAAGUUCUGGCGAGCCAUCCGCGGGCCAAGAGACAGUAUGAGAUCUAUCUGGCUAUGGAACAAAAGGAAGUAGCAGCAAUGGAAAAGGCCACCCAUCUGGUGGCCUCGUUCGAAAAGGCAUUCCUCCACAUUCGAUCCACCUUCCACCCUCCAGGCAUUCAGGGCGAGAUUGCUGGAAAGAGCUCAAAUGUAGCUUGUGCCGCACGCUGCAUCAUUGAGAUUCAUCGCACAGAGCUGCAGAUGGACUGCUGCAAUGUGGUAGUGACUGUCAUGGAUGCUGAUACUCAUCUCUCCCGCGACUACUUUACCGAGAUUAGUCGUCUCCAUCGCUCACACAUCACCGAAGCAGAACGGUCCAUCUACUGUUGUCCCAUCAUCUUCGACCGCAAUUCCCACGAGAGCCCAGCCCUCGUCCGAUGCGCUGAUCUCCUCUGGGGCUUCGCAGGCCUAUCCACCAUGUAUCCCGGAACUUGGAUCUCGAUUCCCACCUCGGUUUAUUCCCUGCCUCUCUCCUUGGCAGAGAAAGUGGGCGGUUGGGAUAGUGAUCCAACCGCAAUUGGAGAAGAUAUGCACAUGCUCCUCAAAUGCUAUUUUGAGACUGCAGGGAAUGUCAUCACCCGCGUGGUGUAUGUCCCUGCCAGUCAGUGUAACGUCUCAAGCGAUCGUGCUCGCGGGUGGCGAAGGGCCCUAGACACUUGCGUUGCGCGCUACCGUCAAGCCUUACGACACAUGUGGGGAGCUCUGGACUCUGGCUUUGCUGCGCGCCGAACCAUGAAAUACCUCCGAUUCCAUCAGCGGUGUCUGUUCUUGCGCCCCCGACACUUCGCCCUGCUUGAACUGCUGUGGGAAGCGCAUUUUAUGCCAUGCCAUUUGACCAUCAUCAUGCUAUUUUCUGUGAUAUAUACCCUCUGGGUACCGGCCUCGAAUAUGCAUCCAACGUUGGCCUGGGCAUUCUCUGUGACCAAUGUCCUGCGAACUAUGGCUUUUAUCGGCAUGAAUGUCUGCUUGAGCCUGUACGAGCGGUGGCAUACACUUUGCCUGAACUCCAGAAUGCAAGAUAUGCGCGAGGCCAAUUUGUCCGACACGGGCUUCUCUCGGCGUAUAUGGAAUAAGCCCCAGUAUCUGCUUGAUCGGAUCUGCUUCCCGAUCGCGGGAACCAUCUUCGGUGCCGUGCCAACCCUGCAUGCUGUAUUUGCCCACUUCUGGACGGAUAGACUGGUCUAUCGUGUCAGUAAGAAGCCAAGUUUCAGUCUAGAUGCGAUUGCAUUGGCCUAA